AGUCGGAUUCCAUCCGCGAAAAUGUACACUCUUGCGAUAGUGGACACGUUCUCGUAGUCUUCAGAUAUUGAAAAGAAGAAUCAGCUUCGCGCGUGAAUAAGAGUCAGCUUGAAAGUGAUAUAGAAAAAAAAAUAAAAAUCGAGUGAAAAUAUUCGAAUCAGCUGACCACGAAUCGACACUGCGUGCUGCGUGAAAAUCGGUUAACAGUGACGGUGUUAUUUUGAGAACUACCAAAUAUUGAUAUCGUGUGAACAAUAGAGGAAAUUCCAGGUCGCAAGAUUUAGUGAAAAGCACCCACAGCAGUUCACCUGAAAGUACAAAUUAGUUAAUUAAUAAAGUGAUUAUAAGCAUUUAUUCCAACAAAAGACAGAAAAGCAAUUCUUCUGUUCAAAAUUCAAAAAAAUAGCAACAAUUGUCAACAAAUUAAUUCCAAAUGAUGAAAUUUGUGGCCUCAGAGAUUUCGAACAUAAUGGAACUGCAGAUCAGGAGUGAGCCAAUUAGUAGUAGUAAUCGUGCCGCCAAGCGCACGAUUUCUUCCUCUUCUAGCUCCUCCUCCUCGUCGGCAGGCUUCGACUCCUACUGUGUUUCGUUGGCUGUAGGACCGCUGUGGUGGUCCGAUGUCCCACAAUCCCGCACCGACCACGAUAGGGCGUCUCCCUUGAAAGAAUACAAUCGCAAGACAUCCAUCGAUUCGACAACCACCGCUUCGUCUGAGUUUACCGAUUAUGACGACACCGAGUCGACCGUAGAGUUCAUGAACCAACAUGAAGCCGCCGUUAUCCAGGAAGUGCUGACCCAGCCGACGCCCACGCAAAUCUCGCUGAAGCUGUUUGUCACGCCGCAGAAGUACAGCGUCUGGGAAACGGUCUUCAACCCGUUGGAUAACAUCCUUUACGUGAAUCUACCAUCGACUAUGACCCAUGAGGCAUCGAAGCAUUCGUUCAUCUCACUGCUGGAAUUCGCCGAAGAAAAGCUUGAGUGUGACGCCGUGGUUCUUUGCAUCCGCAAGGACCGCCUCGAUCGCCCCAAUUUGGUGCGUACAUUCUCAUUUGUCGGUUUCCAACCAGUGAGCCCCAAGUCACCGCUGGCUCCGCCUCACAUUGAAGAGCAACAGAAGAACGAGUAUCUCUUCAUGAUCUACAACAUCGAGGAGUAAACCAGAGUAAAACUCAGACCAAGCCUGGUGGGUGUGUAUUGAUCAAAAUCAAAUCUUCGCCGAUUGCCGCCCUUCGAAACAACAAUAACAUCCAUCCGAGGGAGCGUUCAUAACAUCGAACGGAAUGAAGUAAGAACCUGCGAGCUGCUGAGCUUCGAUUGGUGGCAGAUCGUCGCAUACCAAAUCAGUGCGCUUGGUGGGUUCGUUUUGAUCAAUAUGCAUUAGACCGGAAUACACGUAAUUACAUCGACAGCAACAGCAUAACUAAAACAUACACCCAUAAAGUUAAAGAAAACAGAAAACAUCUCUCUUUUCGAAAGAUUACAAUACCAGCAUUAAAAUGAACUAACAUUUAUAAGAUAAUACAUAAGAGCAAACAUAAUCCUAACUAUUCCCGAUGUCGAAACUUGCGAUUUGUAAUUGUUUAAGUAAAAUGCUUCUAUCAUUAAAUAAACAGAAAAUCCCCAGAAAAAAAUCAUAAAACUUUAAAAAAUCACAAAAAAAAUAAAAAAGUGGAAAAUCUUUUGAAGAAAAAUCUCCAGUUUUUACAAAAAAAGACCCAAAAAAAGGUACAAAAAUAUUAAACUAGGGUAUACAGAAGAGGAAGGAGGAGACACGAAAUUUAAACUGAACGCAAAAUAGAACCAUUAAAGUUCAUCAUAGAAAAGCGGAAAUCUUACAAUAUGAAGUGGUGAAAUCGAUACUUGUGUCUAUCAAGUGAAUGAUUCCUUCGCUAACGAGCGAGUUUUAACGAUUGAAACUUCUUGAAGAAGCCACGCUUCGAACUAUCGAACAAAUCAGAAAACAAAAAUUGCGGAGAGCAAAGAGGCAAGACUUGAUUGUUUACGAAGGAAAAAGUCAUGAGACGGAGACGGAAGCAUAGAUAACACACACCAGAACGAAUUAAAGGAACCGCCAAAACAGCGUAUUGUGCACUAUACACAACUACUUGUACUUACAUAUUUUAUUUACUGUCCACAUACUAAUUUCAAACAAAACAGAAACGGGUCGCACAGCAAAGGGGCCAUAUGCAUUAGAGAGGCCCCGGCACCCGAUGGUAUUGUAAUUGGACGCAGCGUUUAGUUCGACUUUGUCCUGCCGACAUAACUGUCGGAAAAGCUGAGAGGUUUUCGUUUUUUUGAAAAACAAAAAUUGGUCACAACAUCAGAUCAUCGCUCUCCAUCUAAUGAACUUGAGAAAAGAAAAGUUAAACUGAUUUUUUUGGUUGAUACAUUUUUAACUUUAUGUGGGAACAAAUAAAUAAUUAUUUCUUGGUAUAAUUUUUGUAUUACUAUUAUAUCAACAUUAAAUUUUUAUACAUAUUACUUGUUACUUUAAUUGAUGAAAGAUUAGAUUCUACAUCUUAAAAUUAUAUUAUUUUAUUGCGCAAAGAUACCUCUUUGGAUUCCGUUGAGACCUAGGCACUGGCAGAGGUUUCAGCAGCAGCCAGAGAAUUAUUGAAUAAUAACGUAGUAUAAUAACAAUGAAUGUGCAGACUUUUACGUAUUUUUAUUAUUACCAUUUAUCAGUGUUUAUCAAAAUUGCUAGCAUGAAUUGAAAAAUGAAUAAAAUAACUAUUUUAGGUUUCUUGAACAGGA